ACGCUUUGAGUGUUUCGUUUGUUAGCGUAGUUUAGCGUACAGUUAGCAAGAAAUAAAGAAAGAUAGUGCCUUGUCGUCAUUUUGAUACUGACGACCAAGCAACCCAAUGACAGCUAUUCGGAAGAGGCGAGAACAAAAACACAUCAUUUCAUGCUGAACCUACCGGGAUUUUGUUCUAAACCAGUUUUGUUGGCUUUUCAUAACUUAUUCACGAUCAGUCGCGUGCAGUGCUUCGUUCAAUAUGUUAGCUUUGGUCAUUGUGUCAUUAUUAGUUUUCGGCAAUAGCUGCAGUGCUCAAACAAAUAAAUUUGAAGCAACUAUUGGCUGCUCACAGUACAAUACUGAUCAUGGUUAUAAUCACGCACACCCGUACUUCCCAACGGGUCGAUUUCAGAACAUUAAAAUCUCUAAGGACAAAGUUAUUCAAUUCCGUUUAGGUGUUCUCGGUCCCAAUGAUGGUCACGUUAGACUAGCACCAGUGAUGUACCCGUACAAUAAUACAGAAAUGAACGAAAUCGUGCUUUCGGGCUGGGCAAACACCAAAACCGUAGUUCGUCGGUAUACGCGUGACGAGCCCAAGCGAACAACCAAUCUGAGAGUGUUGAAAGAACAGGCCAGCCAUGGUAUGCUGUCACACUUUGCACCAUUUAUGUUCACGAUGACAGUCCACCCCGGUGGGUUGGUACAGCUAACGCGCGAUGAAGAUGCUACCCCAUUCUUGGAGUUUUCGGACACAAGCUUUUCGGCAAAGUACGUCGGGUUCUGCAACUGGGAUAAUCCGCUAGUAUUUUUCUACGAUUGCCCGCUGGAGGUGGACCGAAGGAAAUGUGAGGGUAUCACAUUUAGCUAGUGAGGUCGUUCCAGUGUAAUGUGAAUGUGAUAUGUUUAGUUAGUACGCAAAUGUAGGCCAUUGGAUGGUAUUUUCGGCAUGAUUUCAAUUAUUGGGCCUACUCUUUUUUCGUGUUACCUGCACCUGAAGAACCAAUUAAUCACCACGAAACGAAUUUACAACCAUAUUAGUGUAUAUUGGUAAGAAUUAGUGAUGAUUUUCCACCUAGGAUGCAGAGAACAGAGCGUAGGAAUAAAAUAGAAACAGGCUGAAAAACUGCUGCCGCAACCCUAUAUUGCAAAUAUCGAUUGAAAUUAUGCUCAAAAUGGAAGAAAGAUUAACUGAAGACAUUAUAAACAUAUCUACCUACUAUAAAAUUUAAAAAAAUAAAAAAUAAAACUAAAC